AUGGCGUCACCCAGCUACCCGGACUGUGGCUUUGACCCGUUCUGCCCCUCCGCGGGAGCGUCUCACCGAGCACUGGCCCAACGAGCAACGGCCGAAUGUCCGCUGAACCCAGAACUGCCGCUGGACCCUGCUGCUGCCAGUGCCCCCAAGACUGCUGCCAGGGAGGCGUGUUUUUCCCAUAUUCUCCCCCGCCCCCCACCUCUGUCCUCUCUCGCCUGCAAAAGAACCUCCCUUCCCACGGCUUCUCGCUCCCCAAGUUCACCUCUCCGCGCCGCCUACUUGCUGAAUUCUGUGAUUCAGUGUUUAGAUUAUAUCCAGGAACUAGGAAGCAUUAAAGAUUUCUAUAGAAAAGAUGGCAUCGUCACAGUUUCAGAGGUGGAGACUGGGGUGGUGGUAAGCAGCAGAAACCAGGACCCUUCCAUUAAAGAACUGGCCCAAGAGUCAGAGACACUGAAGAAGGACCAGGAGAAGGUGGGGCAGUUUCAGACCUAUGUGAUGUCUCAUGCCAACACCCAAGAGGCAACUGAUGGACAACAAUGCUGGAUUGUCCUCCUGAAAGCAGAGCCCAUGGCCAAGGCUUCCUUGCAGAAGUUUUACCUAGGCAGAUACUCCCAGGACAGAAGCAGCUGCUGGGAGAGUGACCCAUGGAAGGAGGGAGAGUCAGUCCUACCCUGCACCCUGAUCCUAAUGCACUUGUUUGUCAGGUUCAACUCCAGCCAUGGUUUCCCAGUGGAGGUCGAUUCUGACACCAGCAUCUUCCAGCUCAAGGAGGUGGUUGCUAAGCGACAGGGGGUUCCAGCUGACCAGUUGCGUGUGAUUUUCGCCGGGAAGGAGCUUAGGGAUGACUUGACUGUGCAGAGCUGUGACCUGGACCAGCAGAGCAUCGUUCAUGUUGUGCUGAGACCCUGGAGAAAAGGCCCAGAAAGGGAAGGAGGUGACGGCCCACAAAACGCCCUGGAGGGCUCGAGGAGAGAGCCUGAGAGCUUGACCCGUGUGGACCUCAGCAGCUCGGUCCUCCCUGCGCACUCGGUGGGUCUGGCUGUGAUCCUGAAUAAUGACCGUGAGGAGACCCUGCCAGCUGGAAGGCCAGCAGGUAGACCGCCUUACAACAGCUUUUACGUUUAUUGCAAAGGCCCCUGCCAAAGAAUACAGCCAGGAAAACUCAGGGUGCGGUGUGGUACCUGCCGACAGGCGACGCUCACCUUGGCCCAGGGUCCAUCUUGCUGGGACGAUGUCUUAAUCCCAAACCGGAUGACUGGUGAAUGUCAAACUGCAAGCUGUCCUGGGACUACAGCCGAAUUUUUCUUUAAAUGUGGAGCACACCCAACCGCUGACAAGGAAACAUCAGUGGCUUUGAACCUGAUCACAACAAACAGUCGAGGCAUCACCUGCAUAACAUGUACCGACAUCAGGAGCCCUGUGCUGGUUUUCCAGUGCAACCAUCGUCACGUGAUUUGCUUAGACUGUUUCUACUUAUACUGUGUGACAAGACUUAACGACAGGCAGUUUACCCAUGACCCUCAGCUGGGCUACUCUCUGCCGUGUGUGGCUGGCUGCCCCAACUCCUUGAUUAAAGAGCUCCAUCACUUCAGGAUCCUUGGAGAAGAGCAGUACAACCGGUACCAGCAAUAUGGCGCUGAAGAGUGUGUGCUCCAGAUGGGGGGCGUGCUGUGCCCUCACCCUGGCUGUGGAACAGGGCUGCUUCCCGAGCCAGGCAGGAGGAAGGUCACUUGUGAAGGGGGAAAUGGUCUGGGCUGUGGGUUCGUCUUUUGCCGGGACUGUAAGGAAGCGUACCAUGAAGGUGAAUGCAGCACCCUGUUUGAAGCCUCAGGAGCAGUUUCUCAGGCCUACAGAGUUGACGAGAAGGCCGCGGAACAAGCUCGGUGGGAAGAGGCCUCUAAAGAAACAAUCAAGAAAACCACCAAGCCCUGUCCCCGUUGCCAUGUGCCAGUUGAAAAAAAUGGAGGAUGCAUGCACAUGAAGUGCCCGCAGCCCCAGUGCCGUCUGGAGUGGUGCUGGGCCUGCAGCUGCGAGUGGAACCGCGCCUGCAUGGGGGACCACUGGUUCGACGUGUAG